AGCUGUCAAGUUAAUACUCAUAACGAAACGUCAUCACUUAUUUGUCUAUCGAGUAAAAAUUGUCGUGGCUGCGUGGAAAAAUUGUAUAUUUUCAUUAAUAGUUUUCUGUAGAUAUACACAAUGUUCAAGAAUAAAUAAGGGUCUAUUGUUGUAAAACAGUAGGCAAAAAAAGAAAUAUAUUGUACACAACAAUUCACAGGAUUACCAGCUGCAUUGUUAAAUAGCAAGUUUGUUUGUGUGUGUGUUAUACUUCUACUGCGGGUAUUUCCGUAGCUGAGAAGAAAAAAGUAAGCGAUUUAUAUCAGAUUCUAUUAAAAAAUGACGUUACCCGGCAAUGGAAUCUUCGUGGUGCGCGAGCAGAUGUCCACGCUAAUGACGGCGAUGCGCCGUGGCACGCGUUGGAACUCCGCCGCUUACGUGGAUGAAGAAAAAGAUGGCUUAAUGAAAAUGUUCGUUAAUCUUAAAGAAAUGUUAAAAAAUGUAGAAGAUUUAAGACUAAUAGAGCCCAAUAUAUUUCUGGCGCCAUUCUUGGAAGUAAUACGUACCGACGAGACUACGGGCGCUGUUACUAGUCUAGCGCUAGAAGCUAUCAAUGAAUUUCUAUCAUCAGGCUUAAUAGACCCCACCUCAACUAAUCUCGCUGUAACUGUGGAGAAUAUCGUUGAUGCCGUCACGCAUGCACGUUUUAUGGGUACCGAUCAGUCUUCAGAUGGUGUUACACUUUUCUGCGUCGUUGAAGUUUUGCACACACUUAUGCGUUCGCCCGAGGGUUCGGUGCUGAGUAACGAGGCGGUGUGCGAAGUAAUGCUCAGUUGCUUUAAAAUUUGCUUUGAACCACGUCUCAAUGAACUUUUGCGACGUUAUGCUAAAAAAGCGCUCAAAGAUAUGGUUUAUCUACUCUUUAUGCGUCUACCACAAUUCUCCGAAGAUCGUAAUGCAGCAAAUGUAUUGCGUAAAUUCCAAAUGAUAGCCACCUCAAUGGAUCAGAACAAAAGCAAACAGCGCAAGAAAAUAUUGAAAAGUGGACAGACAUCAACAGCCACCAAUACGCUAUCGAGGAGUAGUAGCGAUAAUGCAAAACCAGAAUUAGAACGUAAAUUAUCAGUCACGACUGUUAUAGAUCCACAAACGCCACAUUUACAGGUGCCACACACGAAAGCGCUACCCUUAGCCACAACGCCAGCGACACCGGCCGGCAAUAUACUCGAUAUGCAGGGAAAAAUUACACAAACACCAACAACAACACAAGGCAUUGUCGAUGCUGAUGGCACAACAACAACAGAGUCGUCUAUAAAUGUGCAGCAAUGCGAAGAGCAUGUCGACGGCGUGGAAGGCGCUGCACCAACACAACCGCUAAUUUGUGCCGAACAGCAGGCCACUGAUGCUGGCGCUAACAACUUAACAACAACAACAACAACGCUGGUAGAAGCUGAAGAGAACGGCUUGCAGUCGAAUAGUGGCGGCAGCAGUGAGUAUAUAAAUUCGGUUGGCGUGCGUUUUACACAACAAAAUUCGCUUGAUGGCUCCGAGGGCGCUGCAUCACUGCUGCCUUAUGGCUUGCCAUGCAUACAGGAGUUAUUCCGUUUUCUAAUACUGCUCUGCAAUCCAUUGGACAAGCAAAAUACCGAUACCAUGAUACAUAUGGGUUUGAGUUUGCUCACCGUGGCGUUCAAAGUGGGCGCCGAUAACAUCGGUAAAUACGAUACGUUGCUGGAGUUGGUGAAGGAUGAUUUGUGCCGUAAUCUUUUCGCUUUAAUGAACUCAGAGCGUCUCACAAUAUUCGCUGCCGAUUUACAACUUUGCUUUCUGCUUUUCGAAUCGCUACGCGGUCACUUGAAAUUCCAACUGGAAGCUUAUCUCAAGAAACUAUCCGAGAUAGUUGCGAGCGAUAGCCCGAAAACGCCUUAUGAAAUGCGCGAGCUGGCACUCGACAAUCUGCUACAAUUGUGGCGCAUACCAGGUUUCGUCUCCGAACUCUAUAUUAAUUACGAUUGCGAUUUAUACUGCACCGAUCUAUUUGAGGGUCUGGUCAACUUGCUCUCCAAAUACACGCUAUCCGCUACAAAUGCUGUCUACAGCACACACAUCAUCUCGCUAGACACGCUGUCAUCGGUUAUCGAGAAUAUUGAGCAAAAUUGCAUCGCCUCUAAGCUGGUUAACAACGAGAAUGGCAGCACAGGCGCAAGCACAGUAACAACCACCGGUCGGCAUUCACGUCAUAAUUCCGAAUUGGAGGCCAUAAUUAUCGAUGGCAACAAUGAAGACAACAAAUCGGUUGUGGAAAAUAUCUCCAAAUUCAUUAAUAGCUCAUCACGUUUACGUCUAGGCGCUGGUGGCAUAGCUAACGCCGGCUUGACACGCGAAUACUUAACGAAUGUCAAGCAAAAGAAACGUGUGCUCUCGCAGGGCACAGAGUUGUUCAAUCAACGUCCCGAUAAGGGCAUACAAUAUUUGCAGGAACAUGGCAUACUCAGCGCGCAACUAGAUCCCAUGCAGGUGGCCUUGUUCUUGCGCGAAAAUCCCGGCUUAGACAAGAAAAUGAUUGGUGAGUACAUAUCGAAGAAGAAGAAUGUGGAUUCGAAGAUUUUGAUGAAUUUCGUCGACUCCUUCGAUUUUGCCGGCUUGCGCGUGGAUCAAGCGUUGCGUUUGUAUUUGGAGACUUUCCGUUUGCCGGGCGAGGCGCCACUCAUAUUUCUCGUACUCGAACAUUUUGCCGACCACUGGCAUAAACAAAAUAAUGCGCCAUUUGCCAAUACCGAUGCUGCUUUUAGUUUGGCCUAUGCCAUCAUUAUGUUGAAUAUGGAUCAGCAUAAUUCGAAUGCGAAGCGUUUAAAUGUGCCUAUGACACAGGAGGACUUUCUCAAAAAUUUGCGUGGCUUGAAUGGUGGCGUGGAUUUUGAUCAGGAAAUGCUUUCAAACGUUUUCAAUGCAAUCAAAAAUGAAGAAAUCGUCAUGCCCGCUGAGCAGACUGGUCUGGUGCGUGAGAAUUACUUGUGGAAGGUGCUGUUGCGUCGCGGUGUGGGUCCAGAUAGCGUUUAUAAAUACGUGCAGGAUGCAGCCUACGAUUUGGAGGUCUUCAAUUUGCUAUGGGGUGCUUCGUUGAGUGCUUUAAGCUUUAUGUUUGAUAAGAGCUCCGAAAGUGGUUAUCAACGCAUACUGAGUGGCUUCACCAAAUGCGCUGGCAUUGCCGCUCACUACAAUUUGCAUGCCAAUUUCGAUGCGCUCAUACUCACCCUUUGCAAAUUCACCACACUCUCGAAUUUGUCACAACCCGAGGCGACCACCGUCGCCAAUAACGAGCUUACCCAAUCGGUUGGCUUCGGUUUCAAUGCAAAAGCGCAGGCGGCCAUGCGUACUGUCUUCGCUUUGGUGCAUGAUUAUGGUGAUUGCUUGCGCGAAGGUUGGAAGCACAUACUUGAGUUAUUCCUGCAACUAUUCCGUUUGAAAUUACUACCGAAAUCAUUAAUUGAAGUGGAGGACUUUUGUGAGGAGAGCGGCAAAACACAAUUGAAAUUGGAGAAGCCGAGCCAGAAGCAAGAGGCCGGCCUCUUCUCCAGCCUCUACUCAUAUCUCUCCUCGGAGGGGCAACGCGAACCGACCUACGAAGAGCAAGAGUUUAUAAAGUUGGGCAAGAAAUGCAUAAAAGAAUGUCAAUUAGAUCAAAUGAUACAAGAAUCGAAAUUCGUGCAAUUGGAGUCGUUGCAGGAGUUGCUACGCAAUAUUUUAGCGCUUAUCAAGCCGCCAACAGCGGCUAAGUACGACGACGGCACACCGUACGCCGAGGAUGUUGUAGUCUUCUGGAUGGAAUUGCUGGUGAAGAUAGUCAUACAGAAUCGUGAUCGUAUGGUGCAUUUGUGGCCGGAUGUGCGCGACCGCAUCUAUUUGCUGCUAAUCGGUGCCACCACUUACAACUAUGAAUAUCUGCUCAAUCGCAGCAUAGUCGCUGUACUGAAGCUGGCCAUUUACUUGAUGCGCAAUGAAGAGCUUUGCCCCAUCGUGCUGCAGUCACUUAAAAUGUUACUCACGCUGAAAUCUGCCGUUAUUUUACGCAUUUCUCGACAGAUUUCCACCGGCGUUUACGAGCUACUCAAGACUUCGGCACAAAAUAUACACUCCGAACAGGAUUGGCAAAUAAUUUUCACGAUAUUGGAAUGUGUCGGCGCAGGCGCUGUGCCACCCGAGUAUGUAGACAUUAUAUUGCCGCAAUUGCCGCUUGAGUUGGGCGGCGGUGCCAAUUCCGAGGGCACUUUGAGCAGCGAAGAGGAUUCGGGCUUACCCGAUCGUGGCUAUUUAUCAGAUACAGAUGCGAGCAUCAAGUCGCAACAGCAGCCAGCGCAACAACAAAGCAAACAGCAGCAACAGCAGAUACAUUCGAACACGAGCAGUCCGUAUCCGUCGAGCCCGACCGCCGAGAACUGGAUUUUGGUGAAUAAGGAUAGUGAUUUGUCUACGCAAUCGCGUCCACAAUCACCGCCUACGGCGAACGCGGCGAAUUCGACCACAGCCGCACCCACAGUCUCACCGCUCAUCUACAAUUGUAAACUGGGCGAACACUCACCCAUCGCGCUCUUCAAAUGCUGGGACUCGCUGGCGUUCAUCGUGCGCAAUGUCGCACACAUUACACCCUACAACUUCGAGUCGUGCGUGCGUUGCAUACGCACCUUUGUCGAGUGUUGUCGCGAUGGUGGCAUAACACAGCGCCGCAAAUUCGCCGCUGAGCUCUCAGCAAGGAGCACAACUAACGCCACUGCUGCGCAACGUCGCAAAGCGGCCGCCAAGCGCAAUGAACGCGAUGCACAACGUAAAUCAAACACGGCGAGCGAUUACUAUGCGCACGAGCAACGUGGCGGCGACGCUAAGGAGGAGGACUUGCGUCAACGCUACGAAACACUCUCCAUACAAUUAAUUGACCUCAUGUACACGUUGUAUACGCGCACGGCGCAAAUCUUUCGCUGGUGGGCCGAGGAGGAGUGCGCGGUGCCGCAGUGUUCGGCGCUGUGGGCGCAAGGCUGGUGUCCACUGCUACAGGGCAUUGCGCGGCUGGCCAUGGAUCGGCGUCGUGAGGUGCGCACCUAUGCCAUAUCGUGUUUACAGCAGCGCGCGCUGCUAGUGCACGACUUGCAGACAUUGUCGGGCGCCGAAUGGGCGUCUUGCUUCCAACAGGUUUUAUUUCCGUUACUCAACGAAUUGUUGCCGGAAAGCGCUUCGGUGGCGCAUUUGGAAAUCGUAUUGCUGGAAGAGUCGCGCAUACGCACGGCCACCAUUAUGUCGAAGGUAUUUCUGCACCAUUUAACACCGUUAAUUGAAUUGGGCGCCGCCUUCAACGAGCUGUGGAUUGAUAUACUGGAUUAUAUUGAGAAAUUCAUGAAAGUCGGUUCCGAUAUGCUGUCCGAACAGAUGCAGGAAAUACUUAAGAAUAUGCUGUUGGUAAUGCACUCGGUGCGCGUCUUCCACAAUGAUGACGGCACGCUGCAGCUGCCGCUGUGGGACUUGACGUGGCAGCGCAUAGGCGAAUUUCUGCCCAACAUCAAGGACGAGCUGUUCCGCGAUGAAGAUAAGCGCGCUCAAGUGAUGUCUGUGACCAAUGCGGCAUCUCCACCACCACCACCACAGCCAUCACAAGCAACAACCGAAACCGCCAGCUCACCAAAUAGCAUUUCGGCAAUAAAACCAGCCGACACACAGCCGGUGCUGUUGCCGCCCACACCGUUGGCGCUGCCAGUCGCCACAUCAGCACAUUACACGCAACGACCACACUCUGCCGAGUUGUUGAGCAGCGUGCAGCGUCACAAUUUGGACGCCACAUCACCGCGCCACUCAUUGGCCGCCUCGCCAAUCACAACCAAUCCGCUGUUACUGUUGGACGACACGCCACUGCUGGUGCGUCCGGUGCCCAGCAUUGUGCCACAAACGGUGUCGGAGGCAACCACAACGUCACUCGUUGCUUCGCCCACCAGUUUACCUGAUUUAGUUUAUGAUACUGCGCAGCUGUCGUUGGUGAGCGCCCAAGCAGCUGUCGAUCAAGCGCAGCAUGCGUCAACACAGCAACCAGCGGUUGUUGUCAACAAUACGGUGCAAAAUAAUAACUACAGCAGUUAUUCGUACGCUAUUGAGUUGCCGGAAACGCCACCAGCGGCCGCAGAUGCGAAAACGCAAUUGUUGCAACAAAAACAACAACAACAAAGUCAUGAGCCGCAAUCACACCAGCAGUAUACAGAUUACAUUGCUGCGCAGGCAGCGGCCACUCAAAAGCACUACCAGCAACUAUUGCUACAACAACAACACACUUUAUACAAUCAACAUGCGCUUGACGGCCAGCAGCGCAGCGCCACCCACACAGCGGUCGUACAGGCGAACGCUCAACAACAACAACAACCACCACAACAACAGCAGCAGCAUCAGCAGUCCGCUGUAGACACGCAGACGACCGAUAAUGUGCCAAUAUCCACCCAACAACAUUCCCACUACAGUGCUCCCUACAUUGUCAUGCAAAGCAGCAAUCCAUCGCAACAACUACAACAACAACAACCACCACCUGCUUUGCUACCACAACAAACGAAUCCUGCCAUCGUAUCGAGCUACGCAUCGAAUAUUGCAAUGCAAUAUCCGACCUUACAACAACAAAGUGGCGAAAAUGAUAUCUAUCAAGAAUAUCUGAAAAAUCCCUAUAACUUAUCAACAUCAAACACUGCUCGACACACAGAGCUGACAGCAGCACCAACAGCGUUGACAAAUGUUUUCGCUUCACCAGCGAGCUACUUUAAUGCCAGCGUCGAUCCCAGCUCAAUACCGCCCGGCUCGGAAAUGCUCUAUGGCCAGCCAUAGAGUGUGCGCGCGGUUAACGGUUGAAUACAGUUAACGAAUUACAUACAUAUAUACAUAUAUACAUAUAGAAUAGAAAUUGUAUGAGGUUUGCACCGCAACCUAGUGUGUAUAUACACAUAUACAAGCAUAUAUAACAAAGUAUUGCAACAUGCACACACCGCUAUAUACACAUAUGCUACAGUGUUGUGGAAAAUAUGGCAUCUGUAUAUGUGUGCGAAACACCUUUUAUAAUGAAAAGUUGUUGGAAAUGAAAUUUAUUAAAAAUUUAAGAAAUUCCCGUUAUUUUUUAAGCACAUCUGCAAUUAUGUGCAACUUUCUUAAGUAGCAGAGUAGCAUAAAACUAAUGUGGUUGGUUAUGUUUUGUGUUUAGAAAAAAAAGUAAAAGCAUUGUUGCAAUUGCAUAGAGGAGAAUGUGUGCAAAAAAAAAAAAAA